CUGCUAUCAAAACAAUGUUAAGAAAUAUGGUUAAAAUUCAGGUAUUGCCGUACUUCAAAAAAUUUGAGAAAAAUCUUAACGUGGAAGGUCUAAAUCGUAAAUACCACGGUGUCGACGGCGAACAGUCAGUUGCCAGAUAUCCGUACUUCGAUCGACCCUCAAUAAUGAUCACGAAUGCGUAUGUUGAAUCGGGUAUUCCCUUAGGAGAUUUCAACGGACGCUAUCAAUUGAAAACAAUGCAGGCCCAAGCGUUUGUCCAAGAUGGGGAAAGAGUAUCCGCCAAUAACGCCUUCAUCCAACCCAUCAGGUAUAAAAGGAAAAACUUAACAGUCAGGAUCAAUUCCGAAGUGAUCAAAGUACUUAUUAACAAAGAUAAGGUUGCUUAUGGCGUGAAAUACGUUAAGGAUGGAAUUGUACACACAGCGUAUGCUAAGAAAGAGGUGAUAGUUAGCGGCGGUAGCAUUAAUUCUCCGAAAUUGCUAAUGUUGUCCGGUAUAGGUCCUAAAGAACACCUAUCAAAGUUGCAUAUUCGCGUAAAAUCAAACUUAGCUGUGGGUGAGAAUCUUCAAGAUCACGCUACUUUUAGCGGUAUUGUAAUUGCUCUCCCUAACAGAACUUCUACUCUCAUUAGUAAUGAAGAAAUAAUGAAAGAAGUAUAUGAAUAUAAACAUAUGAAAAUUAAAAAUGGACCUCUUGCUUCUAAUGGACCGACGAAUUCUGCUGCGUUUAUCAAAACUGAUCCUAAUCUGCCGGCACCUGACGUACAGAUACAAGUACGACCUGCAAAUUUAAAGGAUGCCCUACGCGAAACAGUCCCUAAUGAUGAGAUCAAAAUUUUCCCCACAGCCUUCUAUGAUGCUAUGCUACCAUUAAUUAUAGGAUUGGUGCCGAAAAGUAGAGGGAAAUUGUUGCUGAACCCAGCUAACCCGCAUGGCAAACCAAUUAUUCACGCCAACUAUUUCGAAGAUCCCAGAGACCUUAUACCACUUGUGAGAGGGGCAAAAUACAUUUUAUCUUUGGAGAAUACUGAAGCGUUCAGAUCUAAUGGGGCUACCUUUGUCAGGACUCCUAUGAAGGCUUGUAGAGACUACGAGUGGGGCACUGACGAAUACCUCGUUUGCUUGGCUCGAUCCUACACAUUAACCACUUACCACUACGUAGGCACUUGCAAAAUGGGACCGCACACCGAUAGAAAAGCUGUCGUCGAUAAUAAAUUGAGAGUUUACGGUAUUUCUAAUUUGAGAGUAAUCGAUUCGUCGAUAAUGCCAGUAGUGGUUCGCGGUAAUACGAAUGCCCCCUCCAAUAUGAUUGGCGAGAGAGGCGUGGCUUUCGUUAUCGACCACUGGUCGAACAAAUAUCAUUAAUUGCCGGUCUCAUUAUUGUAUAUCUGGUGUUUUAUCUAUUGCAUAACAGAUUUCAUAACUUGUAUCAUUAGCUAGACAAGACCUAGUUUAUAAGUAUGAUUCAGUUGUAUUUGGAUAAUCUUUCUGCUUAUGUAUGUUAUGCGGUAUUGAUUACGAAAUAAUAUUUCUCAAAAACGA